AGGAAGGGAGGAAGAAGGAAGGAAAGGAGGGAGGAAGGAAGAAGGAAGGAAAGGAGGGAGGAAAGGAGGAAGGAAGGAAGGUAGGAGGUAGGCAGGGAGGGAAGGAGGGAGGGAGAAAGGAAAAGAGGAAGGAUGGAAGGAGGGAAGGAUGGAAAGGAAAGAAGGAAGGAUUGAGGAAAGAAGGAAGGACAGAAAGAAGGAAGAAAGGGGGAUGGAGGAAGGAAAGAAGGAAGGGAGGAACGAGAGAGGAAGGAAAGAAGGAACAGUCAAAACAGACGGGGUGAAUUUGACCCGGGAGGACGACAGGAGGGUUAAAGAAGAGCUAAAGCAGUAUCUGAGGUAUUAUCAGUGGUGUAUUUCCACUGGGAUCAUGUGACCAGUGGAGGUUUGGGAUCAUGUGACCAGUGGAGGUUUGGGAUCAUGUGACCAGUGGAGGUUUUGGGAUCAUGUGACCAGUGGAGGUUUGGGAUCAUGUGACCAGUGGAGGUUUGGGGGAGGACUAGACUUUGCACCUUUGAGUUCAAACACACACAAACAGCUCAGCACCGACUUUCUGAUGGAACCGACCAUGUGGCUGAAAGUCUUCGUCACCUUUGUCUUCGGCGUCUCGAGCUGCCGGCCGGCGUCAGUCUUCCUGGAUGCGGACCGGGCCCACGGCGUGCUGGUCCGGACUCGGCGGUACAACUCGGGCUGGUUUGAGGAGCUGCAGAGAGGAGAUCUGAAGCGGGAGUGUCUGGAGGAGAAAUGCAGCUACGAGGAGGCGCGGGAAGUGUUUGAACACACCGAGACAACGAACGAGUUUUGGAAGACGUACAACGUUCCAGACAGCUGUAAGUCGAGUCCCUGUCUGAACGGUGGAAGCUGCGCCAGCCAAGCUUCGUCCUACACCUGCUACUGCCCGCCGCCGUUCAGCGGACUCAACUGUGAACUCGAGGAGCACAGCUUCCCGACGAUCUGCCUGCUGGAAAACGGAGGCUGCGAACAUUUCUGCAACGAAGACGACGAAGGACAAAGACACAGCUGCUCGUGUGCAGACGGAUACUUCCUGGACGCAGACGGGUUUAGCUGCGUGGCUAAAGAGUCGAUAGCGUGCGGCAUGGUCCCCGUCCUGCAGGGAGAAGAUAAAGCCAAGCAGCUCGACCCUCGAGCUCGAAUAGUCGGCGGUACAGAGUGUCCCAAAGGUGAAUGCCCCUGGCAGGUUCUGCUGGUGUAUAAAGGGAAAGGUUUCUGUGGAGGAAUGAUCUAUAAACCCACCUGGAUCCUCACAGCGUCUCACUGCCUCGAGGACACAGACCCUCAGUUUCUAAAAGUGGUGGCAGGUGAGCACAACACGGAGGUGGACGAGGGCACGGAGCAGUACCUGCAGGUGGAGCAGAUCAUCAUGCACCAGGACUACGUGAAGACCACCGCCGACAACGACAUCGCCCUGCUGCGGUUGGCGUCGCCCAUCGUCUACACGCCGUACGCCGUCCCCGCCUGCCUGCCGACCCGGCCGCUGGCGGAGCACCACCUGUGGGCGGUCAGCUUGCACACGGUGAGCGGCUGGGGGAGGCGCGGCGAGAACGGACCCACCUCACACGUGCUGCGGCGGCUGAAGGUUCCUCGGAUCCGGACGCAGCAGUGCGUGGAGGACAGCGGCGUGGUGAUCACCCACAACAUGUUCUGCGCCGGCUACAUCGAAGGCCGGCAGGACUCGUGUAAAGGCGACAGCGGCGGACCGUUGGUGACGAAGUACAAGGAGACGUCGUUCCUGUUGGGGAUCGUCAGCUGGGGGAAAGGUUGCGCCCGGCCGGGGAACUACGGCAUCUACACCCGAGUAUCCAACUACCUGGAGUGGAUCCACAACCGGACGGCGACGCCAGAACAGCCGACGAACAGCACCGACGCGUUACUGCACAACCUGACCACCUGAGGGCAGCACCUGUCCGAUGUUUAACCUCCUGUUGUUUGUUCUGCUUCUUUAACUUCUCCUAGAUAUUAAGGAUUAGUAGAACCUGAUAAAUACAAAAACUAAAUAUCGUCUUUGAACAUUAAAUAAAUAAAGUCUUCAUAUGGAGACACUGGCUUUAU